AUCUGCCAUAAAGGGCUAAAUUUGGUUAUUUUCACAUUUUUAGGCAGAAAACUUACUUCGGAACUGUCCAGGAAGUCGCAAUAUUCAAAAAUAUCGCUUCUUGAUCAUUCCACGAUAUUGCUUGCAAACAUUUCAUGAGGAGUACGAGCAUAAGUUAUGCUUCAUUAUGCUGCAACUCGUUUGCGCUCUCAAAUCACUCCAGCUGAAUGGUAUCGAAAGGAUCAGCAACGACUUCAGUGAAUUUUUUAGAUAUUCUGAGACUGAUUCAGCUAACGGAUGUAUGGAUCAAUUCCCGAGAAUUCUAUUACUUCAAGAAUCACUUAGAACAUCGAAUAAGGAGGCAGCCAUUAUCGGAUUAUGUGAUUAUGCAAUAAAUGCAUUAAUUACAAUGCUAAACAUAAAUAAAUGUGAUUUACUGACGAAGCUCACGCGACCGCUUCAAUCGAGUUCGCUGACUGAUGCAAAAAACGCAUUAGAAUUUGGUAUGUUCGUUGGCAAAGACGCAAUUACUCUAUACGAUGAAGAGAGUGCGCAAGCGUGGAUUGACUCACAAAGAGCUGAAUAUUUUCGGGAAGUAUUUGAAUGCUCCUGUCAGCUAAAUGAAGUAUACGAACGACUGCACCUUCAAUUUCUUCUCUCAGUUACGUCGCAAACUCUGUUGCAAAUGUUCCAAACUGUGUGCCCAAACUCCGAAACUUGA